ACUGCAUGUUGGACAAACAGUUUGCUUGGUUUGCUCUGCCUGAGCUUCAUCGCUGCUCAUCCCCAACACAGCAGACAGGGGCUGAGUGUGAGUGUGUGUGUGUGUGUGUGUGUGUGUGUGUUGUAGGCCAAUAGUCACUCAGUUACACAACCGCUUUCAGUUUCCGAGCCCUGCCUGCCUGCCUGGUGGCUCCCCGCCCACCGCUGCUCUCUGCUGCCUGCCUGCCUGCCUGCCUGCCUGGCUGACUGUUGGACGGACUGGGGCAGAUCCGAGCCGAGCAGUUCCGUGUUCUCUCCUCAGCCAGCACAGGAGGACCCGGCGCUGUGACGGAGCUCACUAACUCCGGGGGCAGAGGGGAAGUGCGGACGGAGGGAGCUUCACCCUGACAGCCAUCGCGAGCCGUCAGAAGAGCGAAGACGCCAGCGGCGGCGUGAUGACGACUGACCGGACUGGAGUGAAGCCGACUGCGCACCAGUUUUUGGCUUCACUGUCUGCUGCUGACCUCUGACCUCUCGUGGAUUAAAAAUGGCUCUGCCACAGGGAGGGAAGUGCGACAUUUUACUGUCCGGGAAUUCUGGGAAUUUAACAAACGUGUCUGUGUGAAGCAGGAUUGGACAAACUCAGAGUGUUUCUUCAUCCCGAUGGGACUAAUGUGGUUCAGUGAAGACGGAUUAAGAUCUGAGCUGGAGAUGUUCCUGAACAAAAACUGACUUUCAGUCCAGGAUGGAGAAGGACUUUACACAGUAGGAGCUCAUUUCCCUCUAGUGAACACCUGUAUGCACUAACCUGGACUAACGUUCGGCCCUGCUGGUCUCGAAUCCAACCCUUUACGCCCAAAUCAACUAACUGAACUCUAGCAGGACUGCAGUCACUUCCGUCCCUCGUCGUUGUGAAUGGACGUCUGGCUCCGCUAAAGGAGCUUCAAACUUUAACUCUGAUUCUCCAAAAAACUCCAAACAUGGCUGCCACAGGAAGGAAGCACCUGGUGAGAGACUUCAACCAUUUCAUCACCUGUUACCUGUGUCGAGGCUACCUGAUUAAACCGACCACAGUCACCGAGUGCCUGCACACCUUCUGUAAGAGCUGCAUCGUGCAGCACUUUGAGGACAGCAACGACUGUCCGAAAUGUGGCAUUCAGGUGCAUGAGACCAACCCGCUGGAGAUGCUCAGGUUGGACAACACUCUGGAGGAGAUCAUUUUCAAGCUGGUGCCCGGACUCAGAGAAAAAGAGGAACAGCAAGAACUCGAAUUCUGGAAGAAGAACCAGCCCAAAGCAAACAGCCAAGCAGAAAGCCUGAGGUGUCAGAAGCUCGGGCCGCCUGAUGUUCGAGGCGAUGGCGGCGAUGGUGCCGGUGAAGAUGGUGACGAUGGUGCCGGUGAUGAAGACUACCACAGGAGCGACCCUCAGAUAGCCAUCUGUCUGGACUGCCUACGCAACACGGGGCAGUCGGGGGAGAGCACUGUCACGGAUUUGAUGAAGAGGUUCAUCCGCUGCUCCAGUAGAGUCACCGUGGGAACAAUUAAGAAGUUUCUCAGUCUUAAACUAAAGCUGCCGAGCUCGUAUGAGCUCGACGUGCUGUGCAACGGGGAGAUCAUGGGCAGAGAUCACACUCUGGAGUUCAUCUACAUGACCCGAUGGAGGCUGCAUGGAGACAACAAAGAAAAUACCUGAAAGGAAGCUGACAGCUGAACAGAAUGUGCUGGUGCAGGAUACCUGAGGUGCUGAUGGCUCUGUGGCUGCGCUGCCGUUCUCGUGCUCUGAGACAUGAUGCAGCACAAUGCAGAGAGCCGGAGAUGACAGCUGCUGCAGCAGGAGGACCAGACACACUCCAAACACAGGAGACGCAGUCUUCGCUGAGUCCUGCACAAACGCUCGUCUUUCACGUGUGCUGUUGUUCUGCAGCAGGCAGGAGUGUUGGAGGAGUUCGCAUAGCGAUGUGGUGUCACUUUGACACUCUCGAUUGUCCGUGUUUCAUGGGUUUGAGGUGAUAAAUUUCUGCUUUAGUGGGUUCAUUGUAAAUGAACUUUUCAGCUGAGCCUCCGCAGAGCCAGCAGCAGCUGGAUGUUUAUUACUUGGCCACACUUGGCCUCCGUCCCUGCAGAGCCGAGUCCUGUGGAUCCGGGAUUCUCGUUUAUAAAACAGUGCUUAAAGCUGUACGUGUCCCAGAAGUGAUCACAUGUAUAAAGGUGUGCACACAGUCCACCUGGUGACAUGUGCACGUGGGUUACAUCACAUCCCACCCGCUACGAGCUCACAUUCAAACAUAAAUGGUCUCUGUGAAGCUCCUCGUGAAGGUCGAGGUGUAGAAACGAGCCUGAACCAUCAGGGGUUCCUCACAGUGAAUCACAGCAAAAACCAAAAGAGAGACGACUUUCCUAACUGCUACCAGACGGGGACCACGAGACAAAACCUUAUUAAAUCAGGGUCUGUGGUGUAAUAUGUGUCAGUUCAGGGGUAAAAAUGGGAGUGAGUUUGCAUUUUCCUUCUUCUUCUUCUGCUUCUUCUUUAACUUUAGGGGCCUGCAGUUUGACUUCAGAGGAAGUCACGGUUUGUUGUUCGCUCUGUCAGGAGUCACAGGAGCGUCCGAGCUUCAGCAAACAGGUGGAAAAUGAGUGUGUCUGCCUGCAGAUUUCCACACACUCUCAGCCUCCAAAGUGAAAAUGAUUCCUGCUAAGUGAGACUUCAUGUCUCCUCAGUCUCAUGACAACCUUCAGGCCUGAGGAAACGAGCGAAGCGAAAACAGAGUUCAUCUCUUCAGGUUUAAUCGCAGUCCUGCUGAGUGUCCCGAUUCAAAGAGAAGAGGGUUUUUACUGUUGGGUUUAUCACAGAGUUCGUUCAGCCAGACAUCAGAUGAGCAGAUUGUACAGCAGUUCUGAAGCCGAACAGAUUUUCACUCUCUGUUCGGUUUCUGUGUGUGUCGGCUGCCAAUAAGGGCUGAAAAUCCACGUCAGCGUUGCAUCAUUUAAAAUGUCGUGAUGGUCGGCUCAGUAAACUCAGGACUGUGUGAUUUGGUUUGGAUCAGACGGUUCAGCAGCAGCAGCGAGUUUCUCCUCUGCUCAUCGAUCUUCUCUCUCUGAAACAACUUCUCCUUUUUCUGCCUCUCCCUCAGACGUAUCCCAUGGUCCUGGAGUAUCGGCCACGGAUCGACUUCGGCUGAACCGCAGCUGCAGGAAGAGGACCACGCGCGCACACACACACACGCACACACACACACACACGCACACACCUGCAUUUGCACGUAGACAAACACAGCAACAUGUGCAGACAAAGAGAAAGAUUGAAAUGUAUUUUUGUACAGCAGCGAUGAAGUGCGUCCGUUGUAUCUGGUGAAGAGGUUUUAUGCUCCAUAGAAUAAUAUAUGCUCUAAUAUAUGAUAUUUUUCGAUGUAUGUCCCUGUGCCUAAAAGCUGUUGAGAUGAGAAAUGAAGUGUGACCAUAUCUUCACUUUGCCUGUCUAACUCUGUAGAUUAAAUGUUGAUUUUCUACCGUA